AAAUCUUUGCCUUAAAUAUUCUUAAAAAUUCAUCUCCAAAUAAAAUUGCGAAUAAUGUUAAUGUUACAGAACUUGACCCAUGUACAUUAUGCAAACAAGAACUUUUUUUGUAUGAAAUAAAACAACCAAUUAUCUUACUUACUUGUGGUCAUAUAUUUCAUCAAUAUUGUAUUGAAACUUCUAUUAAAAUCAGUUCAAAAUGUCCGAAACCAAAUUGUGAGAAAGAGAUAGAAUCUGUAGAUCUUGAUUUAAUGGUUAUGUCACCUACAAUAUUUAAAAGCCCUAUAAUUACACAAAAAAGUGAUACAUCAAAAAAACGUACUGGAGAUUACAUAUUAUUUCCUAAUCAACCAUCUAACAAAAAAACAAAACAGAUAAAAAAAGAAUCGCUAACACUAAAGAAACUUAUAAAAGAAUUAUCUACUGAGCCUACAAAUAAUUUUGUUAAUUUGUAUAAUAAUAUAACCUAUGCAGAAACUCAAAAUGAAAUUAUAAAUCAGGAUAUUGUAACCAGCUAUUAUCUUUUCGGUAAAGCACUUAUUAAUAGAUAUGAAUAUUAUAAAACAAAUAAUCCAAAACAUACAGCUCAAGCAUUA